GCCAUACUCCAAUACCAAGUAGCCACCUUUCAAGUCUCCUUUUCUCCCUCAAAUUCUUCUUUUCUUCAAACUCAUCCAAACCCAAAUCUCAGAUUCAACCAUCUUUGAUCCUCACUUGCUCAACUUAUAGUUUAUAUUAUAUAUAUGUAUACUUCUACAGGCAGUUUCCUGAUAUCUCUUUAUUCUCUUCAAAGAAACCAAAAAAGAAACUAAUUUUCCCGCUUUUAAUUUCCUAUAGAUUCCUCAGCAUCUCUCGUUGCCUACUUUUUCUCCACUUGAUCAUCAUUUUUUUUCCUUUACCUUUUUUAGUUGAUAAUAUUGAUGUUAGUGCUUUUUUCUUCUUUUCAUAUUUUGUUCACUUUCUAUUGUUUUCUCUUUCACUUUGUGUGCUAAUAGUUUGCACUUUAUUGGGUAUAAAUUCACUCUUGUGAUUCAUUUCUUCAAAGUUUCUGUGGGUUUUUUUUUUCAAUUUCUCUGCUUCAAGUUUGAAAUCCUUUUUGGGUUUUGCUUCUUUGUUAAAAAGAUUAGAGUUUUUUUUUUUACUUUUUUAUGAUCCUUUUCGAUUCUUAAAGGUUGGGCUUUAUUAGAUUCUCGAGUUUGUGCUUAUAAGGAAAAGCUGAUGAUUCUUGAUUCUCUUUGUAUUAUAUGAUUCUAAAUUUACUGUCUUUUGAUUAGACUACGAAGUAAAAGAAAAAAAAAAAAAAGCCCCUCUUUGCAUAUACUCUCUCUGUUUCUAUUUCCUUAAACUUUCAGUUGAACAUGAUCAACUCAUAAGCAAAAUCACAGACAUGGAAACUCUAUAUCCAUCUUUGUAUUACAUGUCUAAUUCUGAUUGGUAUAGCCAAAGCACAGAAUGGACUAGAGAAGAGAACAAACAAUUUGAGAGGGCUUUAGCUAUAUAUGAUGAACAUGAACCAGAUAGAUGGAGAAAAGUGGCAGCCAUGAUUCCAGGAAAGACAGUUUAUGAUGUGAUUAAGCAAUAUAGAGAGCUUGAAGAUGAUGUUAGUGAUAUAGAAGCAGGAAAGGUACCAAUUCCUGGCUACAACUGUUCAUCUAGUUUUACAUUGGAGUUGGUUGAUAAUCGGAAUUUUGAUGAGUAUAGAAAGAGGCCUUUGGCUACUAAAAGUGGUGAUCAGGAAAGGAAGAAAGGAGUUCCGUGGACAGAAGAUGAACACAGGCGGUUUCUUCUGGGGCUUCUGAAGCAUGGGAAAGGGGAUUGGAGGAAUAUCUCCAGGAAUUUUGUAGUCUCCAAGACUCCAACUCAAGUGGCAAGCCAUGCGCAGAAGUAUUUUAUAAGGCAGCAGCUUUCUGGAGUGAAAGAUAAGAGAAGACCAAGCAUCCAUGAUAUCACAACUUUCAACCUUACUAAUGCUAAUAUAUCAGAAGGGAAUAAACCUUCUUCACUAGACCAGUCUAAUACCAUUUUGUCACAGCAAAAGUCCACUAGUGCUAUGCAGAAAAUGUUGAUUGAUUGGAAGCACUCAAAGAAUGGAUCAUAUAUGUUACUUGAUCAAACUCAUGGCAACUUUAUUGUAUCAUCUCCAAAUGAGGUUGCUUCUACUGGCCUUAAACAUCAGGGACAACAUCUCUAUGCUGGCAGCGUUCAUAUCAAUCCCCACAACUUGGUUUUCCACAGACAUCAGAUUCUUGGAUAAGAAAAGAGGCUGUCUUUUAUAUUCUGUUUUCUCUUCAGGAGAACUGGACGGCAGUACUUCUGCACAGUUCUGUGUGGUUUAGUUAAUCGGAGUAGUUGUGCUAGUCAUUAUUUCUGAAGAUAACAGAAAGCUUGUCAAUUUGUCAUAUGUCUCAAAUUUCAAUGUCCACAUGGUGAAAGUGAAAUACUAGUCUUGGAGUUGUUGGACACAGGUGAAAUCUUAAUUAGCACUAUUCAGAAACUUCUAUGGUUAUUUAUCAGAUUCUGAGACAGAUUUUUCUUAAAGAUUUUCCAUCAUGACUUCUCCUUCUGAUAUAAUCAAAUCCAUUUUUUUUCUUUUAA